AGCAUGAAAAGAGCGUUUGUCAAAAUCAGCUGAUAUCUGUGCUGAUAUUUUGAAAAAAGUGACGUUUAAUAUUAAAGAGAUUUUCAUAAAUUAUUACUAUUUAUAAUGCCUGGAUUAAAUAUUGAGAAUCUUAAAACGCCAAACAAAGAAGAAAAUUCAAACAACACAGUACCUGGGCCCCAGGAAGCCCCCCGUGAGAUCACUCAAACCGACAGGUUGAAUAAAAGGCUUUUGGAGGCCUUUUUGCUAAUUAUCAAUCGAAGCAACCCAACUGGCGAGAAGAUCAAUUCUGAUUCGGAUGAAGAACAAGAUUUCGAUGAUUAAGCUUAUUUAAUUAAGUUAUUUUAACCAUUAUAUUAACAUUUACAUACCAACUUUCGCAUAACCUAAGAUUUUGUCACAUUUGGCGGGAAUAUAACAGAAAUAACAGAGGAGUAGAGUGGCCUUAUUAAUUAUAAACAUUGAUUAUUUUUGAAGAAAUAGUAGAGAAAAAUGUCCUCUGAUGAAGAACUUACCGCGCAGGAAGUUAUUUCAGAUACAGAAAACGAAGUAGUUCAAAUAGGUGAUCAAGACAAUGAACAACAAACUGAGGAAGUUAACAGGGAUGGAGCGGAUGAGGAAAAUACCCAAAGAAUUGUCGUAAAACCUAAAAGAGUUGUUAGAAAUCCUCAGCCAAAGCUAAAUGAGGAAACAUUGAAAGGUCUAAGAGGUAUCGCGGCUAUUCAGAGCUAUUUUGAUAGAGUUAAGUUUAAAGGAAAAGGAUACGAAGACCAAGAUUUAAAUGUUAUUAUGAAAACCUAUGAAUAUUGGUGCCACAGGUUGUUUCCAAAGUUUCCAUUUGACACUUGCAUAGAGAGACUCGAAAAAUUAGGGACUAAAAGGGCUACACAGACCCACAUAAAAAGAAUCCGAUAUGAUCUAUUGAUAGAAGAAGACAAACCUAUCCUAGAUGAUUCAGAUGAAGAACAUAAUGUCGAUGGUUUUAUUGAUGUUCGACCAGAACAGAUAAACCAACAAACUAAUGAUUCAUUUGAUAAACUUUUAGUAAGUUCUAAUAGACCCCAAAUGGAAUUAUCUGAAGACCAGUUAGAGAGAAUGAGACUCAACAAAGAAAAAGCUGCAGAAUUGAGAAGACAAAGAUUACAACUUAUCCAAGAUAAGGCAAGUGAAAAUUUAGUUGGAUCCAAUCAGUUACCAAGUACAAGUUAUGAACAAGCUGAAAUGAGUGAUUUAAAUGGCAAUUCUGCUAGUAAUAAUGAUGAAAAUAGUGAUGGUUUUUAUGCAAGUCAAAAUAGUGAAAGUAGUUACUCAAAAGAAAUGGCACAUAUCGAGGAUUUCAUGGAAUUCAAUCAUGAAAGUACUGUUAAAGGUAAAAGCAAUGUUACCGGAAAUAAAGUCAAGAAAACCUCUUUGAAAAAAGGCAAUAAAAUAAAUAGUCAUGCAGAAAAUAACAAUAGUUUAACUGAGGAUUAUUCUAUUUCAACUGAUGGUCACCAUGAAGAAGUUUCUAGAGAUGAACUUUCUUUAGAACGAGCAAAUGAAUUACACAUUAGUAAUGAAGAUAAUACACGUUUAAAUAAUGAAUUUUCUAAUGCAGUUCAAAUAGCAACUUCUAUGGAGCUGUGUAUAGAUGAAAGUUCGAGAGAAAAUGAGACAUUUGUUGAUGUUCAAGUAGAUAGUAGGGUUUUAAAAGAAUCAUUCAGUAAUAAUAUACAAAACUCAGAAGAAUUAAGCGCAACUGGUACAAGAAGGUCGAAAAAAAGGGUUAAUGUCCUCGAUAGUGAUGAGGAUUAAAAUUAUUAUGUAUUGUAAAAUGUAUUUAGUUUAUUCAUAUUUUUUAAAUUUUGUUGCCAAAUCUAACAAAAUCUUAUGUUAUGUGAUUACGUUCUUUCUAAUAAUACGAAUUGUCAUUUGUA